AUGUCGUCUGUUGCGAGACGUUUGCUGCCAUCUUCAUACUUUUUCAAAACUUUUAUAAUGCAGACAAGCAGAGCUAUUUGCAAGUUGGAAAAUAAAGUGGCUAACUUGGUAGGUAAGAAAUUUCUGGCAGACGAUGGAACUCAAAAAAAGAUCGAAAUCAGAUGUCCAAGAGGCACUCGGGAUUAUGAUCCUGAAGACAUGGCAUUACGAAAACAUGUGAUUGACAUAGUAACAGAAUGUUUCAAAAGACAUGGUGGUGUAACAAUUGAUACACCCGUGUUCGAACUGAGUAAUAUUUUAAAAGGAAAGUAUGGUGAAGAAGGUGGAAAACUAAUUUAUGAUUUAGUAGAUCAAGGGGGAGAACUUCUAAGUCUACGUUAUGACCUCACGGUACCUUUUGCACGUUAUCUUGCAAUGAAUAAGACAAUUAUGUAUAUGAAACGGUAUCAUAUCGGCAAAGUAUAUCGAAGGGAUAACCCUUCAAGAGGGCGAUUUCGAGAGUUCUAUCAAUGUGACUUCGAUAUUGCUGGUACUUAUGAUGUUAUGAUUCCAGAAGUGGAAUUGUUGAGAAUUGUUAAUGAAAUAUUUUCUGCGCUUGAUGUUGGUCCAUUUGAAGUAAAGAUCAAUCAUAAGUUAUUACUGGAUGGUAUAUUCUCUAUUUGUGGUAUACCAAAAGAACACUUUAAGACAGUAUGUUCGUCAAUUGAUAAAUUAGACAAGGUUCUAUGGGAAAAUAUUCGAGAUGAACUAUGUAUUGACAAACAUAUUGAACGUGAUGCUGUCAACAAAUUAGAAGCAUUUGUUUGCUCUAGACAAAAUACUGGGAAGACUAAUUUUGAUUUGCUCAAGUGGUUCGCGACAAACGAAAAGGCAUCAAAAAAUGGUGACAUACAGCAAGCUAUAGCUGAGGUUUUGCAGCUUUUGGAGUACUGUGAACUUUUUGGCAUUAUUUCGAAUGUUUCCGUUGAACCGUCUUUGGCUCGUGGACUUGAUUAUUAUACGGGAGCAAUCUUUGAAGUUACUUUGAAAGAUUAUUCCAAGAAAAUGGAACUAGAUUAUGAUUAUGGGAAUGAGGAACAAAGCAUAAAUAUAGGAUCGGUUGCGGGAGGUGGCCGUUACGAUAAUUUGGUGUCGGUAUUUUUGCCGAAACAUAAGGUGCCUUGCGUAGGAAUAUCAAUUGGUAUUGAAAGGCUUUUCGCAAUUAUGAAGGAGAAGUCAGGGAUGAAGAAAGUACGGUCGAAAGAAACUCAAGUUUUUGUCGCAUCUGCUCAAAAGGAGAUGGUGAAGGAAAGGAUGAAGCUUUGUCGAUUACUCUGGGAUAAUAAUAUUAAGGCUGAAAUGGCUCUAAAAGCAAAUCCCAAAAUGUUAGAUCAAAUGCAGUACUGUGAGGAAUAUAAGAUACCGUUAGCAGUUAUUAUCGGAGAAUGUGAAUUACAAGAAAAUAUUGUAAAAUUAAGGGAUGUACCGACGCGUACUGAAGAGGUUGUACCACGUGACAGUUUGAUAGAAGUGCUAAACAUGCGUUUGGAGCAAUUUCAGUCAUGA